CAUGGCGGCGUGGUGGAGUAUGCUUGAAGUGAAAAACUAAACCAAACCCCCCUCCUCCCUCCACCUCCUCCUCCGUUCUCCUCCUUGGUUAUUUUUCGGAGCGGUUUAGGGGGUAUUUGGAGCACCCGGGACGAUUCGGGAGCAGGAAUCGGGAUCGCAAAAGUGAUUGAUAGGAGACAUAGCGGCGCGCGCAUCCGCCUGAGCAUGGCGGCGCACAAGCCCGUGGAAUGGGUCCAGGCCAUCAUUAACAGAUUCGACGAACAGCUCCCAAUUAAAACAGGACAGCAGAGCACCCACACCAAAGUGAGUACAGAGCACAACAAAGAAUGUUUGAUCAACAUCUCCAAGUACAAAUUUGCCCUCGUCAUCAAUGGCCUGACCAACAUACUCAAAAAUGUGAACAACAUGCGGAUAUUUGGCGAAGCUGCUGAGAAGAACCUCUACCUCUCCCAGCUGAUCAUCCUGGACACACUUGAGAAGUGUCUAGCAGGGCAACCUAAGGAUUGCCUGAGGCUGGAUGAGGCUAUGUUGGUAAAACAGUUGCUGCCUGAAAUCUGUCACUUCCUGCACUCGUACCGUGAGGGCCAGCAACACGCCACUCAGCUGCGCAGCUCCGCCUCCGCUGUGCUUUUCUCUCUCAGCUGCAACAACUUUAAUGCCGUCUUCAGUCGUAUCUCCACCAGGUUGCAAGAGCUCACAGUUUGUACAGAGGAUACAGUGGAUGUCCAUGACAUUGAGCUCAUUCAGUAUAUCAAUGUCGAUUGCUCCAAGUUGAAGAGACUCCUACAGGAAACAGUACUUAAGUUCAAAUCUUUGAAAAAGCCGGCUCAGCUUGCAGUAAUCAGCAGUUUAGAAAAGGCUUUCUGGAACUGGGUUGAACACUACCCUGAUGAUUUCACUAUGCUCUAUCAGAGACCCCAGGCCGACAUGGCCGACUGUGCAGAGAAACUGUUCGACCUAGUGGACAGUUUUGCAGAAAGCGCAAAGAGAAAAGCUGCUGUGUGGCCGCUGCAGAUCAUCCUGCUCAUCCUCUGUCCAGAGAUCACACAGAGCAUCACCAAAGAAGUAGGGGGAGAGGAGAAAGCUAACAAGAAGUCAUUUGUGGACAGUCUACGAAAGGCUCUUGGUCAACACAGCGGCAGCAAACAGUUGACGGAAAGUGCAGCUGUUGCAUGCGUCAAACUCUGCAAAGCAUGCACCUACAUCAACUGGGAGGAUAAUUCUGUCAUCUUUCUCCUGGUUCAGUCCAUCGUCAUGGACCUUAAGGGUCUUCUGUUUAACCCUACCAAACCUUUCUCAAGGGGUACAGGCUGCCAGAGCGCAGAUGUGGAUUUGAUGAUCGACUGCUUUGUGUCAUGUUAUCGCAUCAAUCCUCGAAACAACCAGCAUUUUAAAGUGUGUCUGGCCUCAACUUCUCCUCCUACGUUCCAUUUCGUCCUUGUCAACUCCUUGCACAAAAUUAUCACAAAUUCCCACCUGGACUGGUGGCCGAAGAUUGACGCCAUCUACUGCUACUCAGGAGAACUGCGCACCAUGUUUGCAGACACACUGGGUCGAGUGAUUCAGAGUCUCAGUGCACAUCCGCCUCUGAGGAUGACAUCAAGUCUGACAUUUAAAGAGAAAAUGACAACUAGUUUGAAGUUUAAGGAAAAGUCCACAGAUCUCGAUUCACGUUCUUUGCUGCUGGCCCUGGUCAAACUCAUCCACGCUGACCCCAAACUAAUGCUGCACAAUCCAGGGAAACCUGGUCAGGAGAUUCAGAACAGCACAGCUGAGAUCAUCAAAGGUCUGGUUCAGCUGGUUCCUCUUACCCACAGUGCUGAGCUUUCCCAAGAGGCGAUGGAGGCAUUACUGGUUUUACAUCAGCCAGAAACCAUUGAGCUGUGGAACCCGGAUGCUCCCAUUGAGACCUUCUGGGACAUCAGCUCUCAGGUGUUAUUUCUGAUCUGUAAGAAGCUGAUUGGACACCAGAUGAUCAACAGUACAGAGAUACUCAAGUGGCUCAGAGAGAUUCUCAUAUGCAGGAACAAGUUUCUACUAAAGAACAAGGAGUGUGCUACACAGGGCAGUCUGAUCCCCAUCAGCAGACAGGCUCAGACCAAGCUGGAGGUUUGUCUCUACACGUUCCUGUGGAGUCCUGAUGCAGAGGCUGUUUUGGUGGCCAUGUCCUGUUUCAGGCAUCUCUGUGAGGAGGCAGAUAUUCGCUGCAGUGUUGAUGAGCUGCCCGUUCACACCGUCCUACCCAACUACAACACCUUCAUUGAGCUCGCAUCCGUCAGCAAUAUGAUGGCCACAGGUCGCAACACAUUACAGAAAAGAGUGAUGGCGCUAUUAAGAAGAAUAAAGCAUCCUACAGCUGGAAAUGUAGAGGCAUGGGAAGACACGCAUGCAAAAUGGGAGCAAGCUACAAAACAGAUACUCAACCACCCAAAAAACAAAGUGGAAGAUGGACAGGAGUGGAUCAACAUGACUGGUUUCUUGUGCGCUCUGGGAGGUGUUUGUCUCCAGCAGCGCAGCACUCCAAGUCUGGGCACCUACAGUCCUCCAAUGGGCCCUCUGACCGAACGCAAGGGCUCCAUGAUCUCCAUGGGCUCCUGCGAGGUAAACAGCGAGACGUCCCUAAACCGCUUUCUAGAGCGUCUGCUGGCUUUGAUGGUCUGUACGCAUGACAAGGUGGGAGUGCAGAUUCGCACCAACGUCAAAGACCUGGUAGGACUGGAGCUCAGUCCGGCGCUCUACCCAAUGCUCUUCACUAAACUACGCAACAGCAUUGGACGCUUCUUUGACACUCAGGGCUCGGUUCCAAUUACAGACACAAACACUCUGUUUGUAGAGCAGACCAUUGCCAUCAUGAAGAACUUGCUGGACAGUCACACUGAAGGAAGCUCAGAGCACCUCGGUCAAGCCAGCAUUGAGACCAUGAUGCUCAACCUGGUUAGGUAUGUGCGUAUUUUAGGGAACAUUGUUCAUGCCAUUCAGAUCAAAACCAAGUUGUGUCAGUUAGUGGAGGUGAUGAUGGAGCGCAGGGAUGACCUCUCCUUCUGCCAGGAGAUGAAAUUCAGAAAUAAAAUGGUGGAGUACCUCACAGACUGGGUUAUGGGAACCUCCAAUCAAGCAGCAGAUGAUGAUGUCAAAUGCCUGACCCGGGAUCUUGACCAGGCCAGUAUGGAGGCUGUAGUGUCUCUGUUGGCUGGUCUUCCUCUACAGCCUGAGGAGGGGGACGGUGUUGAGCUCAUGGAGGCCAAAUCUCAGCUCUUCCUGAAGUACUUCACGCUGUUCAUGAACCUGUUGAAUGACUGCAGUGAGGUUGAGGAAGAUGGCCAGCAGGUCGCAGGGAGGAAACGUGGCAUGUCAAGACGACUGGCAUCUCUGCGGCACUGCACGGUUUUGGCCAUGUCUAACCUCCUCAAUGCUAAUGUGGACAGUGGCCUCAUGCACUCCAUCGGUCUGGGGUACCAUAAGGACCUGCAGACACGAGCCACAUUCAUGGAAGUGCUUACCAAGAUUCUUCAGCAAGGGACAGAGUUCGACACGCUUGCAGAGACUGUGCUUGCAGACCGCUUUGAGAGACUGGUGGAGCUGGUCACCAUGAUGGGAGAUCAGGGAGAGCUGCCCAUAGCCAUGGCACUGGCCAAUGUGGUCCCCUGCUCUCAAUGGGAUGAGCUGGCCAGAGUGUUAGUGACUCUGUUCGACUCUCGCCAUCUGCUGUAUCAGCUGCUGUGGAACAUGUUCUCCAAAGAGGUGGAGCUGGCAGACUCCAUGCAGACGCUCUUUAGAGGAAACAGCUUAGCCAGCAAGAUUAUGACCUUCUGCUUUAAGGUGUACGGAGCUGCGUAUCUGCAGAAGCUUCUGGAGCCACUGUUGAGAGGAAUCAUCACCACACCAGAGUGGCAGCAGAUCAGUUUUGAAGUGGACCCCACCAGACUUGAACAGACAGAGAACUUGGAGGAGAACCAGAAGAACCUGCUUCAGAUCACUGACCGCUUCUUCCUGGCCAUUAUCAACUCCUCGAGCGAGUUUCCUCCGCAGCUGCGCAGUGUGUGCCACUGUCUGUAUCAGGCUACUUGCCACUCCCUUCUGAAUAAAGCCACUGUUAAAGAAAAAAAGGAAAACAAAAAAUCCGUGGUCAGCCAGCGGUUUCCUCAGAACAGUAUUGGUGCUGUAGGAAGUGCCAUGUUCCUGCGCUUCAUUAACCCAGCUAUCGUGUCCCCAUAUGAGGCUGGAAUCCUAGACAAGAAACCCCCACCUCGCAUCGAGCGUGGCCUUAAGCUCAUGUCUAAGAUUCUGCAGAGCAUUGCUAAUCAUGUUCUCUUCACAAAAGAGGAGCAUAUGAGGCCCUUUAAUGAUUUUGUCAAAAGCAACUUUGAUGCUGCCAGAAGGUUCUUCUUGGACAUCGCAUCUGAUUCUCCACCAAGCGAUUCCGUGAACCACAGUCUGUCUUUUAUCAGUGACGGAAAUGUGCUCGCCCUUCACCGGCUGUUAUGGAACAACCAGGAAAGAAUUGGCCAAUACCUGUCCAGCAACAGGGACCACAAGGCAGUGGGCCGUAGACCAUUUGACAAAAUGGCCACCCUCCUGGCAUACCUGGGUCCUCCUGAACAUAAGCCAGUAGCAGACACGCACUGGUCCAGCCUAAACCUCACCAGCUCAAAGUUUGAGGAGUUCAUGACAAGGCAUCAAGUCCAUGAGAAGGAGGAAUUUAAAGCAUUAAAAACCCUCAACAUAUUUUACCAAGCUGGCACGUCUAAGAACGGCAACCCUGUGUUUUAUUACAUCGCACGCAGGUUCAAAACUGGACAGAUCAAUGGUGAUCUUCUGAUCUACCACGUCCUGCUGACCCUCAAGCCCUACUACGCCAAGCAUUAUGAGAUCGUAGUUGACCUUACUCAUGUAGGCCCCAGUAACCGUUUCAAGACUGACUUCUUAUCCAAAUGGUUUGUGGUCUUUCCAAAUUUCGCCUAUGAGAACGUGGCUGCUGUGUACAUCUACAACUGCAACACUUGGGUACGCGAGUACACCAAAUACCACGAGCGACUGCUGACUGGCCUGAAGGGGAGCAAGAAGCUGGUGUUUAUCGAUUCGCCUGCACGUCUAGCUGAACACAUCGAACCCGAACAGCAGAAGCUACCCGCAGCUACUUUAGCACUGGAAGAAGACCUCAAAGUGUUCCACAAUGCACUUAAACUUGCACACAAGGACACAAAAGUGUCGAUUAAGGUGGGAUCAACAGCUGUACAGGUGACCUCGGCCGAACGAACACGCGUCCUGGGACAGCCUGUGUUCCUGAACGACAUCUACUAUGCUUCGGAGAUAGAGGAGAUAUGCCUGGUGGAUGAGAACCAGUUCACUCUGACCAUUGCUAACCAGGGCACCCCACUCACUUUCAUGCACCAGGAGUGUGAAGCCAUCGUUCAGUCUAUCAUCCACAUCCGCACACGCUGGGAACUUUCCCAACCAGACUCCAUUCCCCAACACACCAAAAUCAGGCCUAAAGAUGUUCCUGGCACCCUGCUCAACAUCGCUCUCCUCAACCUGGGAAGCUCCGACCCCAGUCUGAGGUCAGCGGCCUACAAUCUCCUUUGUGCCUUAACCUGCACCUUUAACCUGAAGAUUGAAGGCCAGCUUCUGGAAACGUCUGGCUUGUGCAUCCCAGCCAACAACACGCUUUUUAUUGUGUCCAUUAGCAAAACGCUAGCAGCUAAUGAACCGCACCUCACUCUGGAGUUCCUGGAAGAGUGCAUCUCAGGAUUCAGUAAAUCAAGUAUAGAGCUGAAGCAUCUAUGUCUAGAAUAUAUGACUCCAUGGCUCCGUAAUUUGGUGCGCUUUUGCAAACACAACGACGAUGCCAAACGGCAGCGUGUCACGGCCAUCCUGGACAAACUCAUCACUAUGACCAUCAAUGAGAAGCAGAUGUACCCCUCCAUACAGGCCAAGAUAUGGGGCAGCUUGGGUCAGAUCACAGACCUGCUUGAUGUGGUGUUGGACAGCUUCAUAAAGACCAGCGCUACCGGGGGGUUAGGAUCCAUCAAAGCUGAAGUGAUGGCUGACACUGCUGUAGCUCUGGCUUCAGGAAACGUCAAACUGGUCUCCAGCAAGGUGAUCGGCCGAAUGUGUAAGAUCAUCGACAAGACGUGUCUGUCUCCCACCCCGACUCUUGAGCAGCACCUGAUGUGGGACGACAUAGCCAUCCUGGCCCGUUACAUGCUCAUGCUGUCCUUCAACAACUCUCUGGACGUGGCCGCUCAUCUUCCAUACCUGUUUCACGUUGUCACCCUCCUGGUGGCCACAGGCCCUCUGUCCCUGCGAGCAUCAACACACGGCCUGGUCAUCAACAUCAUUCACUCGCUCUGCACAUGCUCACAACUCAACUUCAGCGAGGAGACCAAACAGGUGCUGCGUCUGAGUCUGACUGAGUUCUCCCUGCCCAAGUUCUACCUGCUGUUCGGCAUCAGUAAAGUCAAAUCUGCGGCGGUCAUCGCUUUCCGUUCCAGCUACAGAGACCGCUCAUUCUCUCCGGGCUCCUAUGAGAGAGAGACAUUUGCUCUGUCUUCCCUGGAAACAGUCACAGAGGCUCUUUUGGAGAUCAUGGAGGCCUGCAUGAGGGACAUUCCUGGAUGCAAAUGGCUGGAUCAAUGGACUGAAUUGGCGCAAAAGUUUGCCUUCCAGUAUAACCCCUCUCUUCAGCCUCGGGCGCUGGUGGUGUUCGGCUGCAUCAGUAAACGAGUGACUCACGGACAGCUAAAGCAGAUCAUUCGUAUUCUCAGUAAAGCCAGUCCUCUGCUCAGCAUUGAUCGGGGGCUGGAGAGCUGCUUAAAGGGGCCAGAUAAUUACAACAGCCAGGUUCUCAUCGAAGCCACAGUCAUCGCUCUCACCAAACUACAGCCUCUCCUCGAUCAGGAUUCUCCUAUGCAUAAAGCUCUGUUCUGGGUGGCUGUGGCUGUGCUUCAGUUAGAUGAAGUGAAUCUGUACUCGGCCGGCACUGCCUUACUGGAGCAGAACCUGCACACACUGGACAGCCUUCGUGUGUUUAAUGAUAAGAGUCCUGAGGAGGUCUUCAUGGAGAUCCGGAAACCUCUGGAGUGGCACUGUAAACAAAUGGACCAUUUUGUGGGACUCAACUUUGCCUCCAACUUCAAUUUUGCAUUAGUGGGCCAUUUACUCAAAGGAUAUAGACAUCCCUCUUCAACAACUGUAGCGAGGACUGUUCGUAUCCUGCAUACACUCCUGGGCCUGGUGGGAAAACACCGCAGCUGUGACAAGUUUGAGGUGAACACACAGAGUGUGGCCUAUCUGGCAGCUUUGCUCACAGUGUCUGAGGAAGUAAGGAGCCGCUGCAGUUUAAAGCACAGGAAAUCAUUGCUGCUCUCAGAUGUUACAAUGGAGAACUUCCCCAUGGACACAUACACUGUUUACGACUCUGAACCCGGGUGCAGGCUACUCCGUGAAAACCAGCCCUGGGCUUCUCCGAAAGUGUCAGAGCGCAGUCUUGCACCUCCAUACUCCGCCAUAGGGCAGACCAGCCUUCGCCCACGCAAAUCCAUGAGCGUAGACAUGGGCCAGCCAUCUCAGGCCAAUGCGAAGAAACUACUGGGUAUUAGCGGCACUAGAAAGAGUUUCGAUCACUUAAUAUCAGACUCCAAAGCCCCCAAAAGACCAGACAUGGAGUCUGGCAUCACCACACCUCCAAAGAUGAGACGGGUUUCAGAAAAUGACUAUGAGAUCGAAACUCAGCGAAUAGCCAACUCUCAUUUACGCAAAGUGUCUGUGUCUGAAUCCAAUGUUCUCCUGGACGAGAACGUUCUCACAGACCCCAAGAUCCAGACGUUGCUCCUCACUGUACUGGCAACACUGGUGAAGUACACUACAGAUGAGUUUCAUCAGCGGAUCUUGUAUGAGUAUUUGGCUGAGGCCAGUGUGGUCUUCCCCAAGGUCUUUCCAGUUGUUCACAAUCUGCUGGACUCCAAGUUAAGCACCGUCCUUUCCAUGUGCCAGGACCCAAACCUCCUGAACCCCGUCCAUGGCAUCAUUCAGAACGUGGUCUAUCAUGAGGAGUCUCCUCCUCAAUACCAGCCGUCCUGCUUGCAGAGCUUUGGUUUCAAUGGCCUUUGGAGGUUUGCCGGGCCCUUCUCUAAGCAAACCCAAAUUCCAGACUAUGCCGAGCUGGUGGUUAAAUUCUUAGACGCUUUGAUUGACACGUACCUGCCUGGCAUCGAGGAGGAAGGAGGUGAAGAGUCACUGCGGACCCCCACCUCUCCAUAUCCACCAACCGUCCAAAGCCAACUGAGCAUCACAGCCAACCUCAACCUGUCCAACUCCAUGACAUCACUCGCCACCUCACAGCACUCACCAGAGGGCCCUAUAGUUUAUAGACGGUCCCCAACUCUCUCCCAUCCACGAACCACAGAGGAGGUGCCACCGAAAACAGCUGCCUGUCUGCCUUGCUCUAAGUCGGCUGUAUUCCCACCUCACCUCGUCCUGCCAGGCAUCGACAAGGAGAACGUUGAGAUUUCUCCCACCUCGAGUCUGUCCACCAGUGGGCGAAUGCGGCAUGGCUCAGCCAGCCAGGUGCAGAAGCAGCGCAGCGCAGGCAGCUUCAAACGGCCAAGCAUCAAAAAGAUCGUCUGAGAAGAUCUACUCCGUGGCCAUCGCUCGUUCUGCUUUCCACCGUCCAGUUUAACAAGGUUCCUGCAUCAAAGAACCGCUUGAGUGUUUGUUUGUUUUUAUACCAGUUGAAGCUUGCCACACACUUUGCCUAAAUGAACUCGUUUCGGAGAACGCACUGACCUCUCCGUGUUGCACUCAACCUGGGGACUGACCACAUUGAAAUGCUCAAAUCUGUCCAGUUGAGGCGUCCACUCUUCGUUUUUUGCACAAACUUGAGAUUCUGUCUGAAAGAAACACAAGAUCUCAUCAACCACUACAGUAAAAACAGAUGACCAACCGUGUGGAGAUUACUCGGCCGUUUUCCAUUUCGUCCAGGCCUGUCCUUUUUGUUUUUCCUGAUAUCCACAGGCUUGAAAUCUGGAUCCAGGAAAGAUUAUGUGUGUACUACACUGUUGACGAUAAUAACGAUCACAUGUUUUGGGUUCUUACUUUAUCCAUUGUGUGCCUUUGUCAGGGUUUUCAGCUGUGUAUAGUUUGUAAAAUAGGCAAGACCUUGCUAAGGAGGGGAAAACAGGUACUAAUUAUGAAAACAAACGUGUCGCGGCUUUAACAUUUACCAUAAUGUCCGCUGCAGUGUAAACAGUACAACAUAAACAUCAGAUAUGAGAAUAUCAUAUUGCGGCAUCCAAGUAUUUAUUCUGUAAAUGUAAGUUAUCGUUUCGGACAUCACAUGAAGGUUUGCUUUGCGAUCGUUGUUUAUCAUCAGUCGUUAAAUAAAAAACGAUUCUAGAAGAGCAGCGCAUGAGUAGAUACCCACAUAGUAUUUUCCCAAAAUGCACAAAUCAACAACAAAUUGGCAUUAAUAUUCAUGUAUAACUGUGGUGCAAUAUGUUUUUGUUUAUUUUUUAAUCGAACACUAUGUGCGUGUACAAAUUGCACACGAUUAAAGUGUGUGAUCAGGAAACGUCCACGCACACUUUAACCUUCCCCUGUUUCCGUCUCACUAACGACUCAUGUAUGGCACAGGAAUCCCAAUCCAACCACGCGCUGACAUGGUAACAUUGCACCAAAGACUAGUUUGCAAUAUUAAGAGGGGAAACUAUUGUAAACUCCAUUUUGUAUGUUUUUUUUGUUUGUGUGUGUCUGUCUUGUCAGUGUUGUAUGCCUUAAAAUAAUUAUCUCUUCCAUACAGUUCUCACUAGCUUUGGCGUUCUCACCUAAUCAGUAUAUUGUAGAAUUGAAGACAGUUGUGCCAUUUAAAAGGGAUAGUUCACCCAGAAAUUCAAAUGUGAUGGUCAUUUAUUCACUAUUCAGUUGUUUAAGGUGUAGGUGACACUUUUGUCUUCUCUAUUAGGACAUUAAAGAUGCUUUUAGAGUUGAAACUGUGGUCUUUUGUGAUUCACAGAAUGUAAAUCGAUACCUAUAAGGUGAAAUUAAGUUAGAUUAAUACCCAAGGCUCCUAAUGAUACAUUGAGAUCUUAUAUUGAAGCAAGAACCUGUAAACUGUACAUUAUUAAGGCCUCAAUGUAUUGUUGCCUGUAUGUGUUUUUUUUUUUCUUCCCUCAAAGUGCUGUUGACAUGCAUUUUAUGAAUCAACAAAGCUAAAAAUCCUCUUUACUGUUCCACUGAAUGAGAAAACAACGUUUCCUACAUCCUUAAUAACCUGAGGGUGAUUAAAUAAAAAGCUAAUCUUCAUUUUUGGGUGAACUGUGCCUUUAAGAUACUGUUGUGUAUUUAACAUACAAUGACAGUCAAAAUUGAAGAGGGUGAUUUUUGUGUGCAAUAUGUUUUCUGCAUUAUCAUUGUCAUUGUCAAUCCGUGAAUCAGAGUGUAGGAAAUGGUAGUGUACCUUGCAACAAACACAAAUUGCAUACGUAUUGACUCUCUUUGAAAUGCUUAUUAAAGGGAAACUUUUAAAGAAGGGUGCCUGCCAAAUGUUUGAGGAUGAAGUAUUUAUGCAUUAUUUUAAUUUGAUGUUUUCAUUCAAAUACACAAGUAUCAUAUGUUUCAAACUUAAAAUUGGGACCAAAUCAAUGUCGUUGUUUGUUUGUUUUUUUCAUUUGUAGAUUUGUUUUACAAUCAAACUAUUCAUAAACAUUAGUCUAUACAGUGAAACAUCGUCCCGACAGAAGAUUUCAGAUCUCAGUGUUUUGUUACGAUCAAAAAUGAAACUUGAAAUGUUUAUUCCUGCUUUACAUGUCGUACUGGCAUCAAUCUGUGUUAAAUUGACUUUUUAAUAACGAAUUUAAAUAUGAAGGAACAUAAAUGACCCAAUCGAGUGGUUUUGUUUUGCAUCCAUUUCUCUGAAUAACCAGAAUAUUUCUUUUGAAUCUUAGGAAUUGCAUUGCUACCAAUCUAAAACUGACCUUAUAUGGAUAGACAAUAAUAACGAAGGCACAGUCUUGACUGCCACAGCUGUGGUUUGACGCGACGUGCCCCUAAAGCCUUUUAAAUCACAUAUGUAAUUAAACCGUCUCAUGUAUUCAUCAUAAACAGACUAAAAAGUGGUUUAUUUUAUAUAAUUCAAGAUGCGUGUUCGUCUGAUGCAUUUGCCACAUUUUUAAUUGCAUUGGUCAUCUGUAUACAAUGUAUCUGUCACCUGUAAAUAUGUUUGUGUAAAAUUGGAAGGUAUAUAAAUACAAGUGUAAAUAUAUGUGAUAUUGUAUUACUUGCUUUUUUGUAAAGCGGUUAGUUGCUGUACAUGUAUAACAUGGCAAUUUAAUUAUACCAGUGUUCGUAAUAAAAGUUUCCCUCAACCCUGUUA